UCUCAAAACUUUUUUUUUCCUCGGCACUGCCCUCAGUCGGAGCGCUGGGGAGAUGUGUGUGUGAUGUCGGUGAACGCGUGGUUGCAGUGCCGCGGUCGGAGCGCUCUCUCUGCGGUUCCACAGCAAUAAAAAAAAGAAAAGAAAGAAAAACACGGUGAGGUGAACAAGAGGACAAGAGCCCCAUGUUAAAGGACUGUACCUUGGAGAAAAGUGGCUGCCCGGAGCCCGUCAGCAUGCGGGUCCUGUUGAGCGUCCUGUACCCGGUCCUUUCCCUCACCAUCUUCGGAUUGUAUCCCUCUAUGACUAUCGGCCCAAAGGAGGGCUGGCAGGUGUACAGCUCAGCCCAGGAUGCUGAUGGGCGCUGCAUCUGCACAGUGGUGGCACCAGAACAAAGCCUGUGCUCUAGAGACGCCAAGAGCAGACAGCUCCGCCAGCUACUAGAGAAGGUACAGAACAUGUCUCAGUCCAUUGAGGUGCUGAACCUACGCACUCAGAGGGAUUUCCAAUAUGUCAUGAAGAUGGAAAACCAGAUGAAGGGUCUGAGAACCAAGUUCAGACAGAUUGAGGAUGACAGGAAAUCCAUCAUGGCCAGAAAUUUCCAGGAGCUUAAGGACAAGAUGGACGAGCUGAAGCCGUUGAUCCCUGUGCUGGAGCAGUAUAAGAUGGAUGCUGCACUCAUCUCUCAGUUCAAGGAUGAGAUCAGAAACCUGUCUGCGGUGUUGACAGGCAUACAGGAGGAACUUGGGGCGUAUGACUACGAUGAGCUUUAUCAGCGAGUCCUGCGACUAGACAGUCGGCUCCGCAGCUGUAUGGGCAAGCUGACGUGUGGGAAAUUAAUGAAAAUCACUGGACCUGUUACAAUAAAGACAUCUGGAACCCGGUUUGGGGCAUGGAUGACUGAUCCUCUCGCAUCAACCAGAAACAACAGGGUUUGGUAUAUGGACAGUUACACCAAUAGCAAGAUUGUACGUGAAUACAAGACGAUGGAAGACUUUGUAGCAGGGGUGGUUUCUCGAACCUACAGCCUCCCCUUUAAAUGGGAGGGAACAAAUCACAUCGUCUACAACGGAUCACUUUAUUACAACAAGUACCAGAGCAACAUCAUUGUCAAGUAUAACUUCGAGACGGGCAGCGUGCUGGCCCAGCGAGCUUUGGAAUUUGCCGGCUUCCACAACAUGUACCCAUAUACGUGGGGGGGAUACUCUGACAUCGACGUCAUGGCUGAUGAACUGGGAAUGUGGGUUGUGUACGCAACCAAUCAAAAUGCUGGAAAUGUUGUCAUCUCUCAGAUCGACCCUGACACCUUGCAGGUCCUAAAGACUUGGACCACCGAAUAUUCCAAAAGGAACGCAGGUGAAUCUUUCAUGAUCUGCGGGACACUGUAUAUUACUAAUUCUCACCUGUCGGGAGCAAAGGUUUACUACGCUUACUCUACCAAGACUUCAACCUAUGAAUACAUAGACAUUCCUUUCCACAACCAGUACUUUCACAUCUCCAUGCUCGACUACAAUGCCAGAGAGAGGGCGCUGUACGCUUGGAAUAAUGGGCAUCAGGUAAUAUUUAAUGUGACCCUUUUUCAUGUCAUAAAAACUGAUGAUGAUUCUUAAGUGUGAUACUUUUCAACUACAACUAAAGCACCAUCGUUUGUGAUACAAGGACCUCCUUAUUGACCGUGUUUUCUUCUAUUUGAAAUGGACUGUGGUUUCUUUACUUGACAUUACUUGAACUUUUCUAAUUUUUGCCUCUGGAUUCUUGGCUGAAUUGAGCAUGGAUACCAAUAACUUUAAUGCUUUACUGAAAAACAUGCUAUACAGUUUAUAUACAUUUCCGUUGCUGCUGAUCAGACUAGUAUGCCUUAUUUGCUAAGUGUCAGGUCUGCCAGCAGAAGACGCUUUUGCAUGAAUGUUAACAUUUUGUCCGCAGUGAUUUGCUAUGACAUGACUGUGUUUUGUUGCAAAAUUGUUACUUGCUUUCCAGUGUUUGCUUUCUUUGUCUUAUUAAAAGUCUAUUUAAAAGUAUUUAAACCUUGAAAGUAACAUAUUGAUGAUUAUAAAAUGUAGUUGCCAUUCUUUUAAAGAUGGCCCUGUAAAAUAUUGUUGUUAUGUAUGUUUCUGUGGAAGAACAUUUGUAUUUUUUAUAAAAACCAAACCCAUGAGACGAUAUCUGCGCAUUUUCAUUAAAACUAACUAUUAUACA